AUGGCGAAUAACGAAGAACUCUCGGAAGAUUUAAACUUUAAUAGAGGAGGAGAUACGUUUGACGCUGUUAAACAACGUUUCAAGGAUCGAUCAAAGAAAGUUGUUCAGACGAGAGAGUUGUUGUCUAAACAAGCCGUGCAGACCCGGGAGAUCUUGUCGAAGCAGGCCGUUAAGAUCGCUAAACAAGCCGAAGAACACGAGAGAUUCAUCAAUAAGGCAUCUUCUUCUUGUUUCUCUCUCAUAAUUUUCUUAUUAAUACUAUCAAUAGUCUCCUCUUACUUUUCCUUUUGGGUGACCCAUCUUGUUGGGGUGCUCGGAUUUGGAGGGUUUUGUUUCCUACUUGGAGCGAGGCCUCAAGACAUUCCUCUCGUCUACUGCCUCUUUUACGUGAUCUUUGUUCCUCUCCGAUGGAUAUAUUACCGGUUCAAGAAAUGGCAUUAUUAUCUUCUGGACUUUUGCUACUAUGCCAACACAAUCUUCUUGGUUGAUCUUCUUUUGUAUCCUAGAAAUGAAAAGCUUUUCAUGGUUUGCUUUUCCUUCGCAGAGGGACCAUUGGCAUGGGCUAUUAUCGUUUGGCGAUGCAGCCUGGUUUUUAGUUCGCUCGAUAAGAUUGUUAGUGUUCUUAUACAUCUCUUACCUGGGCUUGUGUUCUUCACGAUUAGGUGGUGGAAUCCGGCGACGUUUGCAGCUAUGCACCCUGUAGGUACUGAUCGUAGAGUGUCAUGGCCUUACGUGGAAGACAAAGCUUACCUUUUCACAUGGCUGUUUCUCAUCCCAUUGGUGGUUUAUACUCUUUGGCAAGUUCUCUAUUUUCUAAUCGUUAAUGUCCUGCGUAGGCAGAGACUCUUAAGAGAUCCUGAAGUUAUGACUUCUUACAGAGAGCUGUCGAAAAAAGCUCAAAAGGCAAACAAUAAGUUGUGGCAGCUAAGCGGUCUGCUAGGGGAUCAGAACCGUAUGUGGAUGUACAUUCUCUACCAGGCAAUCUUCACGGUGGCAACAAUGGCAUUGACCGUACCGAUCUUCCUAUCGUAUAGACUUCACGUGAUCUUUCAGAUCUUAAAGAUCUCGGCGGCGGUGUGGAACGGAGGGAGCUUUUUACUAGAGGUAAUGCCACGGCAAGUGAUACAGAAAGAGAAGAAGAAAACAGAGAUGCAGCCGAUAGAGGAGGAGCAUCAUGAACCGACUGAGAACGAGCCAAAAUCUACUGAAGCAUGA